AGUGGAAGGAAGGGAGGGAGGAAGGAAGGAAGGAAAGGGACGGCAGGAAAAGUUUUUCUUUACGGGAGCGAGGGGCAGCGCGGACAGACGGACGAGAGGUGCUUUGCUUGCGGAGGAAGAGGAGAGAGAGAGAGGGGAGAGAGGACGGAGGAGGACGGGAGGGGAGUUGGAGCGGUCACGGCUUCGCCGACAAGGAGCUGGGGGACGACGAGGACGACGACGACAACGACGCGACGAGACGGAGGGCGAGACGAGAGGAGACGAGGGCGGGACGAGGAGCGGAGAGCGGAGGGGAGGAACGAAUGGAUGGAGAGGAGCACCUCGAUCGAAUUUCGAGACGUGAUGCGGAGUUUUGACGAGUCGGACUGAACGCGCGGUGCCUGGCGAUCGCUUGCGGCCUGAUCUGAAAUUUGAUAGGGAUUGUGUUGUAGAUCGAUCGGCCGGCGGUGACGGAAGGUAGCUAGAGAGAUUCGAGAAUGCGUGAGUGAGUGCGAGAGUGCGAGAGUGACUGAUUGAAUUGAUGAACGCCCUCCUUGAUCGGGAUGAAUUGCGGGAGACGCAGGGCUUCUGUCGAGUGUCCCGCCCCGUUCAGGUUUCGGCUUCCGGAGUUUGCCUGACGAGCUGACCCGCCCACUGACCCAGCGCUCGCCCCGAACUUUGUCGUCGACGCUUCCUCCUCGCGAAGAGUGCUACAGCAGCAGUCGCAGCUGGUCCGGAGACUGUUGGAGAUUCACAAAUAACCAAUUUCCUGGACGCCCAGUGCAAGCUUAGCCAAAAUGAUGUCCAGGCCGAGUUCCUCCGCUUCUCUGCCAGCCUUUGGUCAUGGCCCGCAUGAUUCUAGCUAUGCCCUUCUGAGCAGACGCAAUUCAGAAUUUGGAAGCCGAUAUAUUCAAGUCGAUGACUCGGGAGUGUAUUUGUCUUCCCUGGUGGUGACGGUGUUAGUUUCUGCUAUUGCGACUAUAGGCAUUCUUCUCUUCACCUUGGUCGUUACUCUGUCCGUGAUGCUGGGGUCUUGCCAAGGUCAACCUAUAGCCGUGAGCGCGGAUACACACAUGAGGGCAGUCAGAUCUUGUGAUAGCUUCAUUUUGAACGAAGAAGUCAAUAACGUUCAAGGGUGGGUUGUCUCCGAGCAAUGCAAGAGCCAUGUUGCGGACUACAUGCGAGGGGGCCAAUACUAUAUAGAUUUUGCAGGAGCGAUUAAUGCAGCCAGCGACUACUUGAGGACCGUUCCAGCUCAAGGCGACGGGCUAGAUGUGGUGGUAAUGGACAUCGAUGAAACUGCUCUCUCCAACAUGCCCUACUAUGCUGAACACAACUACGGAGCUGAGUUGUUCAACGAGACUGUCUGGGAUGAGUGGGUAUACCAGCAAAAGGGACUUCCAUUACAUGCUACCUUGGAUCUCUUUAACCAGCUCAAGGAUGCAAACAUUGGAGUUAUCUUCCUCACCGGAAGACCCGAAAAUCAACGAAACGUCACUAGUGCAAACCUUAUUGCUGCAGGCUAUGAGGGAUGGACUGAGCUUUCUUUGAGGUUGCCAGGCGAGAAUGGGAUGACAGCAAUAGACUACAAGUCACAACGCAGACUUCAGUACGAGAAGAAAGGUUAUCGUGUUUGGAGCAGUCUAGGAGAUCAAUGGAGUGAUCUCAUGGGACCGGCCGCGGGAGCUCGAACUUUUAAGCUUCCUAACCCAAUGUACUACAUAUUCUAGACGAGCUCUGACUGGAGAUUCUGAGUAAGUAACAAAGACUUAGAGAAAUAGCAGAGCCAGCUCCAUGGUGUUGAUAUUUUCUCAAUGGUGCAUGAGAUAUUGUUUAAAUGAUAGAAGUUAUUGUCAAAGUUUGGAUGGGACACUACUACCUUCCGCAGGUAAGCCUUGUUGGCUUUUCCUGUACAUCCGAUGUCCGAGCAGUUGGGAAAUCUUGAGUGAUGUUUUUAAAGUUCUUUCUGCUCAGUAACUAGCUCUGAUUGCCGUCUCUUUGAUGAGCAUUGAGGUUGGAGGAUUCAUGGCCGGAAGUGGGAUUCAUGUUAUAUAUUAUCAGUGUUCCAAAAAGCAAAAAUAGUGAAACUUCUCUACUUUGGACUUACAUAUGUCGGAUGGCUUCAGUUUCUUGGCCUAAUUCAUAUGUGUGGAUUGCGAGUAGAAAGUCAGAUAGGUAUAGCCACGAUAAAGGAUACGAAUGGUCGUGAAAUCCAGAAUACAGUAGAAAUCUCAGGUGUUAAUAUUCUGGCGGGUCUGCCUGCAGUUUGUCCAAAGAACAUUCUCCUUCCGGUGUCUCUCCAUCUUAGGCAACUGAGCCUUAUUGACUUCAAGAAUUGCUUUUAACAGUGGCAGUUAUAUUUAAAACGGCACCGUGGAUGGGGUUGUGACUAUUAUCAACUCUUAUUCGUGCACGUAUCUGCGCCCUUUCAACCAU